GAGGAGCUCUCGCGGGCCUCGCGGCAGCGGCUGCUGCGCUCGCGGGACACCAUGUUCUCCAAGUUCACCUCCAUCCUGCAGCACGCCGUGGAGGCGCUUGCACCUUCUCUCCCAUUGCAAGAAGAUUUUGUUUACCACUGGAAAGCAAUCACCCACUACUACAUAGAGACAUCAGAUGACAAAGCUCCUGUGACAGACACCAACAUUCCUUCUCACCUGGAACAGAUGUUGGAUAUUCUAGUUCAAGAAGAAAAUGAGAGGGAAUCGGGUGAAACGGGGCCGUGUAUGGAAUAUUUGCUGCACCACAAGAUUUUGGAGACCCUCUACACGCUAGGGAAAGCUGAUUGUCCUCCAGGAAUGAAACAGCAAGUUUUGGCUUUUUAUACAAAACUUCUAGGAAGAAUACAGCAGCCUCUGCUUCCCCAUAUAAAUGUGCAUAGGCCCGUGCAGAAAUUAAUCAGGCUAUGUGGUGAAGUUCUGGCAACACCCACAGAAAAUGAAGAAAUUCAGUUUCUUUGUAUAGUCUGUGCAAAGUUGAAACAGGAUCCAUACAUGGUCAACUUCUUCCUUGAGAACAAGCUGAGAGCCCUGGCUUCGGGAGGGUCAGCGAGCGCCGUCGCGGAGGAGGCGCCGCUUGGCGGGGACGCGGUGGCUGCUGACGUGGGGCAGCCUGGGCACACCGACGCGGGGCGGCCCGGGCACGCGGAGGCAGCAGCGGGCACCUCGGCCGGAGCCCAGCAGGCGGAGCAGGAGCACCAGGACGGCCUCCCUCAGCAGGCGGACGAGCUGCCCUUCCGUCUGCACGAGCUGAGCGGCGCCGCGCCGCCCGACUCCUCAGCUCCUGAUCCGAAUCAAGACUAUAACCUAGUGAAUUCUCUGCUGAAUCUCACUAAAAGUCCGGACGGCCGGAUAGCAGUGAAGGCCUGCGAGGGCCUCAUGCUCCUGGUGAGCCUGCCGGAGCCAGCAGCAGCCAAGUGCCUCACGCAGAGCACCUGCUUGUGUGAGCUGCUGACCGACAGGCUGGCCGCCCUCUACAGAGCCCUGCCUCAGUCACUGGAUCCCUUGGACAUUGAAACAGUGGAGGCAAUCAACUGGGGUUUGGAUUCCUAUAGUCACAAAGAAGAUGCAUCCGCUUUUCCAGGGAAAAGAGCCCUGAUUUCAUUUCUUUCGUGGUUUGACUACUGUGAUCAACUUAUUAAAGAAGCACAAAAGACUGCUGCAGUUGCUAUGGCAAAAGCUGUGCGGGAGCGGUUUUUUGUUGGUGUUAUGGAACCCCAGCUGAUGCAAACCUCAGAGAUGGGAAUCCUCACAUCCACUGCACUAUUGCAUCGCAUUGUUCGUCAGGUGACUUCGGAUGUCCUGCUGCAGGAAAUGGUUUAUUUUAUACUUGGAGAGCACAGAGAGCCAGAGACUUUGACGGACAUCAACAGACAUCCAUUGCGACACAGGUUAAUCGAGCACUGUGAUCAUAUUUCUGAUGAGAUCAGUAUAAUGACUUUACGAAUGUUUGAGCACCUUUUGCAAAAACCCCAUGAGCACAUUCUUUAUAACUUGGUUCUGAGAAAUUUAGAAGAAAGAAACUAUAUGGAAUACAAGCCUCUCUGCCAAGAAGAUAAAGAUGUUAUAGAAAAUGGACAGAUCGCAGGAGCAGUGGACCUAGAGGAAGAUCCGUUAUUUACUGAUCUGUCUCCAGACAACAUGUUGUCAGCUCAGGAGUGGCUCAGUGCUUCUCCACCUGUCAGUCCUGAACACCCAAAGAGUGAUGGGAAAACUGAAGUACAUAAAAUUGUAAAUAGUUUUCUCUGUCUUGUACCUGAUGAAGCAAAGUCGUCGUACCACGUGGAGGGUACAGGUUAUGACACUUACCUCAGAGAUGCCCACAGACAAUUCCGGGAUUACUGUGCCAUCUGCUUGCGAUGGGAGUGGCCUGGAUCUCCCAGAUCUUUGGAAAAGUGCAAUUUAGAAGCAUCCUUUUUUGAAGGGCACUUCUUGAAAGUCCUGUUUGAAAGAAUGGGCAGGAUUCUUGAUCAGCCCUAUGAUGUGAAUUUACAAGUUACAUCAGUGUUGUCCAAACUCUCCUUGUUCCCUCAUCCUCAUAUACACGAAUACCUUUUGGACCCUUAUAUAAACCUCGCCUCUGGCUGUAGGUCUCUCUUCUCUGUUAUUGUCAGGGUUGUUGGGGACCUCAUGGUCAGAAUCCAGCGCAUCCCAGACUUCACUCCCAAACUCCUGCUGGUCAGAAAACGCCUGCUGGGCUUGGAGCCUGAAGGGCCUGUCAUUGACCACCUGACGUUGCUGGAGGGCGUGAUUGUGCUGGAGGAAUUCUGCAAGGAGCUGGCGGCCAUCGCCUUCGUGAAGUACCAUGCCUCAUCCACACCCUGACAGCCGCCGCCUCUGGAAGCUCCGGGCCUCUUCCCCUCAAAGACUAUUGCCACAGCGCAGGUAGAAAGAGGUGGCAUCUCCUGGGGAUGUCAACUUGGGCAGAACUGGAAGAUAGGUUACUUCUGCCCGCUGGUGUUUGCUGCCUUGCAAGAGAGAUGGAUUCGAAUGGACCUGGGAUGCAACAGUAGGGAUUGAGGAGAAGCCAAUACCUAACAUUUCCAGCCAUUGUUGAAGAGCUGCAAAAUCUGUAUGAAGAACCACAGACAUCAAACCUUGGUUAUCGUUCUGUUGUGAUGACAGUGUUUAGGGAGUUAGGUCUUUCCUGUGUUCACUUGCACCCAUUUGCUUUUUGUGACCUUAUUACUUAUAAAAUGGCAAGUUAAUUUGGUAACAUUUUCAUGUCUUACCUCUUGCUUUUUUGAUUGGAAAUAUAAAGGGAAAUCAGAACCACACUUGCAAUGGAUGUUACUAAAAAUGAAGAGAAUUGAAAAGAUCCACUGCUCCCUAUCCUGUGGGAUAUAUUCAUGAGAGAUUGUAUUUAUUUUGGUGAAUUAUAAAGGCAACUCUUGAGUUUGAUUCCCUAGUGAUUACUCCAGGAGAUAUCAGCAUAAAAUCAAUACUAAUGGAAUUAACCCUGAUUCAGUGUUGCAUCCAUAGAAAGUAUGUCUGAAGGACACAUGUUUCUAGCAUGUUUUUCCCUGUCUUCUCAAAUGAUGUCUCUUCAGGUUUUCUGUGUAGAAAGAUUUGGGUUAGGUUUUUGUUUGUGAAUUUUAGUUGUUUAUCUCAUGGCAUCUUUCACAGGGAAGCUGAUUAUAGGUCAUCAGUAGUACUUACUGAAACAGUGUUUUUAACUCCUUUUAAAUAGCUAAAUUGGUUUAAGAAUCUUCUGUGCCUUGAAAAUUCUCAGCGUAAAUGUUUUGUCAUUUUUAGAAAUGGUUUUAGUGCUUAUUUAACCUUAGCAGUAGUGCCCCAAAAGAGAAGAACUGGCGCCAGGUCAGUUAAAGUGUUGCUUUAGGACCAAAAUUUACCCCUUUUUUUUCCCCUUUGUGGUUUUGUGGUGCAGAAGUGCGUGUCUGUCAUGGCCACAUCUGCACUAGCAGGUUCAGGAGGCUCCUGCUUAAAACAUUAAAUCACACGGAGUGAUUUGGAUGAGACACCUGCUUUGCUUUGUGCCCAGUCCCACUUAUGGACAUGAUCAUAUAAGCAGCUGAAGUAGAGCUUAAUUCUUUGUUUACAUUGUAUCUUUGAUUUUUCUUUAUUUUUUCCUAAUGCCCUGUUUGCACAACCAGAUGCAAUUACUGUCAUACAAAUAUGGACUAAUUUACUCAGUCACUAGAACUCCUCUGCAUGUACUUUGUUGUCGCUGGAAUUGGAUUUCGCCCUGAAUCCCUGACUUCGAGACCUUUUUUUCUUUCACUUCCAGAAUCUUGAAGAGUUAUGAGGCCUUUUAAGUUAGCAGAUUAGUUAGAGCAGCGUCACAGUUACCAGGCUUAUUCCUUGUCUUAUUCCUUAACUUAUUCCUAUCACGCCAGUGAAGAGGGUCCUGCCAUAAAAGCCUCCAGUGCAAGUUAGGUUGGGAAGAAGGGCUCACUGUGAUUCUAUAUUGAGCAAAAGCUUUUGCAGGUAAAACCAGUAUUAAGGUGCUCUGUGUACUGAGAGGCUUCUACUUACACUGUUGGAUUUAGCUGGCAAACAAAAGCAUUGUUUACUUCCCCACCUCUUUAUUUUUCCCUUGAAUUUAGCCCUAUAGUAUUUUCUGGUCGAAGUAGGAUAAGGUUUAUGAAAAUGACAGUUUUUUCAUUUUUGUUCUUUAAGUCAUUUGCAGUCAGUCCAUAUGAGAAGCUUAAUAUUACGUAUCUGACAUAAAGUUCAGAAUAUGUAAACGCCUAUGCAGAGUUGUUAUAACAUAGGUUCAAAUUGAGCAAAGCAGUUAAACAUAAGGUAAUUUCAAGCAGCUCCUUAAAUCAGUCUCUUAGACUUGUGAAGCGAAGCUGUGGAGCUGGGAUGCUGGAGCUGUUCUGAAUUUGGCUCUGUGUUGGUUUUGCUUGAGCUUAAUUACUUUUUCCUCAGAAUUCCUAUUUUCAUUAUUUAUUUUUAAAAGACUUAGGUUCUAGAAUAUUUCUAAUGCCCCAAUUUCAGUGGAAACUGGAAGUGAUAAUACUGCUAUAAAUAAGAGAGGAGAGUUAAAUUAAACUCACAUGAGAGCAUUCCAAGCAAUAUAACAAUUUGUAGAGCCAUCCAAGAGGUGGCCAAUCUGAAAUGAAAUUACUAACAUCACCUGUGUUGUUGUCAUCAUCAUCAUUGGUACCUGGGCUCGUUGCGCUGUAGCCAGCAGUAUCAGUCAGUCUGGAAGGACUUCUGCAACCUCUGCAGUAUUUUACUGCAGAAUUGCCUGCCAGGGUGCAAGCCCAAUCCCUUAAAGCUUGCUCAUGAAAAGAUAAGGGGAUAUAGUUAUAAGUAUGCUUAAAUUCAGGAUAUAGUGGUUUGAUUUUUGGAAACAUUGGUGGUGUCUUAAACCAAAUGUGCAGUUGAUAAAUCUAUAAGAUACAGAUGCAUCCUGACAGCAAGUGAAACGAACCUUAAGCUUUCCGUUGCCUAAACUGCUAAUGUGAGUGUUGCCUGCAAACCCUUAACUACCAUACAUGAUAAAAAUGACCAUUGGGGUUUUGUUUGGUUGUUUUUUGAAAGAUGAUUUAAUAUUCCUUAAGAUAUGGAACUCUUUUAAGUCUUGCGAUUUUUCUUUUCAUGCACUUUUGAAAAAAAGGUAAACCUUAGUAAGUUAGUUCAGGUCCCCGUUUUCACCUUUCCCGUCUAUGCACGCCGUCGAGGUGCCCGUUCUGUUCCUGGCUGUUGGUGUUUGCAGGUUAUUUGUUACCCACCCGUUGGCACCUGAGAAGUCACUGGCCUGGAGUUGGCAGCAGACGCUCCGGGUGCCGCGGGCAGUGCGGGUGCUCCCCGCUUUGGGGAGCAUGGUCACUGCUGUUGGAUUGCAAUACUUGAGGGGAAAUACGAGAAUAAUGUUGGGUUCCACAAAACAGAUCCAAGCUGCAUUUUAACCCUGAUGCACAUGCGUGUAAAUAGACACCUAUUUUUUUCCCAUGUAUUGUAUGUAUUUGAUUUAGAGUCUGGUAGGGAGCAUUUGUAAUGAGCAACGUGCUAGCUCCGGUAGACCAAGUUUGUCCCUAGUCCGUUUCUCUUAAGACUGUACUAGUCCUAGUAUUCAGCUCCUGUCUAUGUAAUGUUCUUAUUAUGUAUUUGUCUGUGCAAUAUAAAAGCUGUGGUUUGAUGCACAGCUUGAAUCUGCUUGUACAUCACCUGUGUAUAUAUGUACAAGGGCCAGAGUCCCCAGCUUGCUUACACUAUGAGCAGUGUAAAGUUUGCACUCGAUUUUACAGGGCACAAGUGGUCAUGGAAUGGCUUUGUACACGUGUGGCUAUUACGUACCAUAAUCUGCAAUAUGAAUUCACAAACACCCUUUUAUUAUCACUAUUUCUCUUGCUAAAAUUUGGAUGCUAGGUAAAAUGUAUGGAUGAUGUAAUACACUUUGGGUUAUAUGGGAAACUGUAUCUGC